AAAGUGACUGUUGUUAUGUGUGCAGGUAACGAGGAAACUGCUAAGCUGGUGGUGGCAGCUGGUGGGGAGGGCCACGCCUACUCUGUUGAUCUUUGUGACCGUCAUGCCAUCUAUGCCACUGCUACCAAGGUCAAACAGGAAGUAGGCAAGGUGGACAUCCUGGUGAACAACGCAGGCAUAGUGACGGGCAGAAACUUCAUAGACGCGCCAGACCACCUCAUACAGAAGACAUUUGACGUCAACAUCAUGAGCCACUUCUGGACAACAAAGGCCUUCCUUGGAGAUAUGUUGGCCUCAAACCGUGGUCAUGUUGUAACUGUUGCAUCUUUGGCUGGUUUGGGUGGAGUCAACAAAUUAGCAGACUACUGUGCAUCAAAAUUUGCUGCUGUUGGAUUUGAUGAAAGUCUUCGUAUUGAGCUUCAGGUUGAAGGUUACACUGGAGUCAAGACCACAGCUGUAUGUCCCUACUACAUCAGUACUGGCAUGUUUGAUGGAGUGAAGUCAAAAGUGAUCCCAAUCCUCAAGCCUGAAUAUGUGGCCUCCGAAAUUGUUGAUGGUAUCCUGCUAAACACCCCCAUUGUGGUGCUGCCGCCUUUCUGCAAAUACCUGGUCCUGCUUAAAUACCUUCUUCCAGCAAAAGGUUCUUACCAACUGUACAAAGCAUGUGGGGGUCACCUCACAAUGGACGACUUCCGCGGCCGUACAGUGGAGGAUGGCCCUUGCAAAAUGAAUGGUGCUCAAGAGAAACGGGUGACUGGUAAAAGAAUCAUUCCUUAGAGGGAUAAGUGUUUGGUUUUUAACUGUACUGUGUAUAUACUGUAUUGGGGUGAUGCAUAUAUAUAUAUAUAUUUUUUUUUUAGAACUAGAGAUUGUUUAAUGAGUCUCAAGUGAUGUAGUGAUUUAUUGAUGACGUUCCCUGUAAUUAGCUGAGCUGUCAUGUUGCCAUUACCAAACACAGAACUCUUAAAGUGUACUAUAGAUUAAUGCAACUUGCAUCUCAGUGUUAUUUGUCUUAUGCUGUAAUUGUUAAGAAUUUUCCUUUGAACUAAUAUUAAUGUAAGCAAUCAAUAUUUGGGACAGUAAAAAAUAUUAUAACCACAAGGUACAGGUUACAAUAACUGGCCUCUUCUUACAGUACCAUAUGCAGAUAGAGUACAAACAGGCCAACAGGAAUAAGCAUACAGAGAAGGCAGUGACGGAGUUUAGUCGUGAAGUAGUACAGUGGAAUAACGAAUUUACCGGAAAUGGCAAAUUUAUGGAAUCGGAGUGAGUGACUGUGAAAUUUGAAUUUGGCACCUUGUAGUUUAAAAAUUGGUGAGUACAGUAUGCAUGAAAUUCAAUACAACAUUGAAUUGUUAUUGUAAGGUAAAAAUAAGGAAAUUUUUACAGUGAAAAUAAUUUUACUUGCCGGUAAGUAUUUCACAAUACUUUUUAGGAGUUGGUCAUGUUUGGUUUGAUCCACUGUCAAAUUUUGACAAUGGUAUUUUCUUCCACUCAUAACACCACCACAUCCCGCCUCUUGCUUUUAAGGUAUUUUUACAAUACGUACAGUAAACGUAAUUUUACAUUUAGGUGAUCUUUGAGUACUUUAGGCUUGAUGUUUGGUUUGAUCUGCUGUUGUAACACCACAAAUACUGUACAGUAUAAACAAUUUCAGCAGUGACAUUCGUUCACCCACUAACACUACUGAUUCUCACCACAUACAGAUCUUGCUGGUUUAUUUGUGUUUAUAUUCUAUAGGAGAGUGUACAGUACAGUAAUUUUGCAUUGUUUUUAUGUACAGUACAGUACAGCACGGUAUACAACUUUAUUAUUGUACUCAGACUAUUUUUUAUUGUUUAUGUAUAAUGUAUGCAAAUAAAUUAUUUUAAUUAAACCAUUAUAUGUACUGUACAUAUUUGUUAAUGAAGGAAAAAUGAAGGUCUACAUGUUUAUUUUGCAAGGUUAUUUAUAUUUUUGUGUACAGUAUUUCACUUGAAUCCUAAGGGUACACAACACAGUACAGUACAGUGCAGUACUGCUUUUAAGAAAAAUUCUUUAAUGCAGAAUCAAUUCGGUUCCAAUCCACUUUAUAAAAAGAGAUCUUAAUGUACAAUACAGUAUAUAAUAUAUGUAUAUGUGUGAAAAUUAGGUGUCCAAACUCACUGAAUUGUUUCUCUUUCAGUUCUUGUUUAUUCUCAGUACUGUACUGUACAUGUGAUAUGUGCGAGUACAUCUGUACAGUAUAUAGAAAUUUUUUAGGAAUGAUUUUUUGUUAUAUGAAUAAUAGUACAUAUGUACAAUAUAUGGGCUUUACUCUGUUACCAGAAUCAUUACAACAUAAACAUUUUGUUUAUGGUACUAAAAUGACUUUUAUGGUUGACUCCUCCACUAAACAACUUAUGUUUGUCUCCAGCAUCCUGAGGUUUUUACCUGAAUUAAUCCUUAAACAAACAAGAGUUAACCUUUAAAUAUGAGAGACUAAGACUGACUUAUGACAUGGUUAUGAGCGAGUUGAAAUAAGGUAAUUGAUUAAAAAAAGAAACUAAAAGUUAGGCUUGAGUAAAGAUGAAGGACUCGUGUGCAUAGGAGAGAAAUACAGAGUUAUGUGGAGCCAUCAUGCAGGCAGUUUUAGUAGUGACUGUGCACCAUCCAUCUGAACAGGGAAGAAGUUUGUUGAAUCCUGAUAGAUAUUUAUUGGACCUGAACAUGAUUAGGGUAUUGUAUAUGAAGUACCCUGCACUUGUAUUAUGGUCCAACUUUUGUGAGAUAUUUGUAUUUUACAGAAUAAUUAGCUGAUUUGGUUAUUUCUAAAAUCUUGAUGGAAUUAUAUUUUAGCUUAUGAACAAAAUACAAUAAGAUUAUACUGGACUUAUUUUAUGGACGACUCAAAAAGAGAAUUGCUUUGACAAAACAUGACAAAGAGUAAAAGAUUAGUUAGAGAAAUACUGUACACUUAGCAUAUAUUUUUAUCUUUUAUUCAUUCAGCCACCACUGCUCAAAUACUCUACUUCCACAAAUGUUAUUAAAAUGUGACUGAAAGAUUUGGCAAAUGUAUCGGCAUGACAGCUUGUGGUUUUUUCUCAUUGUGUAAAUAUCAAGUACUUUUGUAACAAAGGAGGAUACUGGUGUGUGCAAUUCCAGUUUAAGUAUCACUGUGAGGAAGGUGUCAUUGUUAUAAACUUGUACUGUAGUAUUUUUGAAAGUUUUUAAUGAUGACACCAACCAUAAGAGACUGGAUACCUUUCCUCAUAUUAGUGUGAGCCUUAGUAGUGUUGUAUUAGUAGACACAACUUUUCCAUCACCAUGUUUCUUCGGUACAUUAUCACAAUGCAUCUUUCCUAUACAGCAGGGGUGGCCAACCUUUUGUGUGAUGUAAUCUACUUUUUCCACAGUUACCCUGAUGCGAUCUACCAGCCUAAUAUUCACCCAUUGCCAUAAAAUACGCAGAUUCGUAGAGAGAGAGAGAGAGAGAGAGAGAGUAAACAAAUAAUAUUUUUCAAUAAUUGUUAUGAUAUAUUGUUAACAUGACAAAUUCAUAAACUUACUUUACUAAUGAGAUUAUUAGCACUGCAUGUUGUCUGCCAUCUUUGUGUAAUUAGGACUGUAGGUGGUGACUGCUAGCCUCAAGCAAGCAUCCAGGUGUUCAUCUGACAUUGUUAAUCGGUAUUUGGAUUUGAUGUGUUUCAUGUGUGAAAAUGUUGAUUCACAAAGGUAGGUUGAUCCAAAAAAUGCUGUGAGGUACAUGGCACAUUUUCUGACAUUGGGAUAUUUUUCUUCACUGAGAAGAUUCCAGAAACUUCCUCCUGUUGCCAUGGAUUUGAUCUGAAUAUCAUUUUUAAGCUUGAGAAGCUCAUUUUCGACUUCAGAUAUGUCCAUGUUAAAUACUGAUGCCAUUCUAGAUGCAAUAUCUUUAACAUUUGUGAUUUUACCAAAUGGAAAACACACAUAUUUUGCAACAGGUUGCUGUAUCUUGAAACCGUCAGUCAAAAUAUGAGGCAAGGUUUUGUACCUGUUCAAUAUAUCGAGCACUGUCAAACAGGUCAUAGUCUUUUCCUUGGUUUUCUAGUUCAGACAUCAUAUUUCUGAAGCUUCGUAGUUGAUGUUGAUGCAGCUGCGAAGACACUAGUUUUAGUUUCUGCUUGAAAGCAGCCACAGGACUAAUGUCAACUAUAGUUUUAUCUUUUCCUUGCAGAUCUAAGUUUAAUUUAUUCAGCAUAGCAGUCAUGUCAACUAAAAAAGCUAAAUCUAACAGCCACACUUCGUUGUGAUCAAAAGGCCAAUCUUUUGAGGCCAAAAAAGAAGUUAGGAAACCUAUCAUCACUCCUGCACAGGGCAAAGAACCCAUUGAUUCGGCCAACCAAUGCAGGUGCCCCAUCAGCAUUUUUAGAUAUGAGCAACUGGCAAUUGUGAACUAUUAACAAAAUCACUGAAAGUCUGAAAUAAGUCUUCAUCCCGAGUUUUUCCUUUUAAUGGUAGAAUUUUCGGCAGUUCCUCUUUGGUACUCAUGUCUUUAAACACCAUUCUAAUGAAAAUACAUAACUGUGAUGUAUCGACCACAUUAGUAGACUCCUCAAAUUGUAAUGAAAAGAACACACACUCAUGUCUGUCUUUAUUCAGUUGUUCACCCAAAUCCUCAGCCACGAAUUCACAGCGCCUAAUGACAGUGUUUCUUGAUAACUGAACAUCCUUAAUAGAAGACAGUAUUUCAGACUUAUUUUUGAAAAUUUCAAACAACGAAUAUGCUGCUUCUAAAAAGGCCUCUUUGAAUAUUUCUCCAUCUUGAAAUGUUUUUUUUUUUAUACUUAGUAAGCACUUGACUCACCCUGAAUGAUGCAAUGGUUGCUACCCUUGAUUUUGAGCUCGCGUCUGUAAAAAGAGUUUGUUGUGCAGUAAGCCAUGAUUUCAGUUCAUGAACUUUCCUCUUUAGUAGCUCACUUUUGAGGGAAAUCAUUAUCAUUCUUCUUGUGAAAACUUUUGAAAUGCUUUUCAGGAUUUUCUUUCUUAGCUAGAGCUGGAGACGCAUGGCAGAGCAAGCACAGACACUUCAAAUUAUUCAUGGUAAAAAAUUAGUCUUCUUCCCAUUCAUUGUGAAAAUGGUAAAUUUGGGUAUUUUUAGUACUUGGUCCAGAACUCAUUUUUGGUUCCGUUGAUGGCCAAUAACCUAUAUUUGGAAAAGAUUAAGUCGUACUUCAAUACAAGAAUUACUUUUUUCCGUGACUUUUUCGACAUGAAUGUGAGAAUUACU